GCAACAACACGGAAAAAGCCCACCAGCUAACGAUCUGACUAAACUUCUCAGCGUUAAUAAAAAAUAAUCCCAGAUCGUCCUGUACUGGAGAGUAAGGAUGCUUUUCCGCUCAAUAGUUGACAGAGGAGUGGGCAGACGAAGGCAGAAUGCACGCCCUGCAGACCCCCGCCCCACGUACCCUCUGAGCUCCCUGCUGGGAGGGUACCAGUGUGUCCGACACGAUGAACACAUCUCAUAUGGCAACCUGGGUGACAAUGUGCCACCGUUCGGAUUGGCUUUCUCCUCCGCAGGCCACAUGCAGGACAUCCUCGCAGCAGCUAAUGAAGAAGGCAUUGUUAGGAUCUAUAACACAGAGAGCCGAGAAAGGCCACUUCUUAAAGAGUGGCUGGCUCAUGAGAAUGCUGUUUUUGACAUUGCCUGGGUACCUGGAGAGCCACAGUUAGUGACUGCUGCCGGGGAUCAGAUGGCCAGGCUGUGGGAUGUGAAGUCAGGGGAGAUGUUGGGCAGCUUCAAGGGUCACCUCUGCAGCCUCAAGUCUGUUGCAUUCGCACCGCAGGAGAAAGCGGUGUUCUGUACUGGGGCCAGAGAUGGAAAUAUUAUGGUCUGGGACACCAGGUGCAGCAAAAAAGAUGGUUUCUACAGACAGGUGAAACAGAUCAGUGGUGCACACAACAAAGCAGAGACAAACCCUCUUACCAAAACCAAGAAAAGGAGGAGCAGCACGCGUGGCAUGGCUCCCAGUGUGGAUACCCAGCAGAGUGUAACAGUGGUUUUGUUUCGGGAUCAGCACACCCUCAUCUCCUCUGGGGCUGUUGAUGGAGUUAUCAAGAUGUGGGAUUUGAGGAAGAACUACACUGCACACCGUCAUGAUCCUGUUCCCCUGCAGACAUUCCUGUACCCGGGUUCCUGCAUGCGCAUGCGACUGGGUUAUUCUGGACUCGUUCUGGACUCCACAAGAUCCAACGUCAUGUGUAACUGCACUGAUGAUAACAUCUACAUGUUCAAUGUCAGUGGAAUAAAAACAACUCCAGUGGCAGUUUUCAGUGGCCAUCAGAACUCUUCAUUUUAUGUAAAAUCCACAAUCAGCCCAGAUGACCAGUUCCUCGCCAGUGGCUCAAGUGACAAUAACGCAUACAUCUGGAAGAUUUCUGAUCCUAAACAUCCUCCCAUGAUGCUCCAAGGCCAUAGCGAGGAAGUGACAUCUGUCACAUGGUGCCCGACAGAUUUUACUAAGAUUGCUUCCUGUUCUGAUGACCACACUGUCCGGAUCUGGAGGCUUCACCGGGAAAUGGAUGGAGCACAGUCUUCCGUGGGAGAGGCCAACCUUGUUGGCUGGGCACGUCCUAAAUCUCCCUCAAAGCCUUCAGUCACAGCUGAAACAACCCCUGCCAAGAACCAGAGGACAGAGAGUCUUGGAGGCCUGGCGUCCCCCCAGCUCGCUGCCUGUGCCCCCUGUGGAGCCGCUCUGCCUCUGCCCUCCAGCACCACCUCACCCAUCCCGUCCCAGGGAGCCAAGGCUGCUGCUGUCGUUCGCCCGAGAACACCAUCUUCUAUCAAGCAGUGGUUGUCCCCGAGCCACGGAUCUCCCGGUCAGGUCACCCCUCCGCUCCGUAGGGUGCUGAGCCCUUGUCCACAGAGCCCAGCGAGCAGCGCCUCUCCAGCAGAGCGACGGGCCAAACGCAGGCUGGAGACUGGUGACGAUACAUCUGCAGGCUGUGGGGGUGCAGAACAGUGUGACUGUGUUAGUGAACUCUACCCGGCGGCCAAGAGAAGCCGGGCGCUGUCUGGAAUCUGCUGCCCCGCUCCAGAGAGCCGGCUACAAACAGACUCUCACACCGAGGAGCAGGUCUCAUCAAGACAGACUGGCAAGGAGAACUGCUCUCCUGGACCAAAGGACUGGCUGUCAGUGAUGGGCCAGAAUAUGAGGAAAGGGCACGGAAGCCCGACUAUUCCCAGAAGCCCCAGUACCUCGAAGAAACAAGAAGGCAAGACACCAGCCUCACCCACCAUCCGCUCACCACAAAGCAUGAAGAAAAUCUCCAUGUAUUUCACAAGAAGGCCUCUGGAGUGACCUCCUCUUGUUCAGUCAGAUGUUCUGCACUUCUGUUAAAAUGCUAUAUUUUUAUUUUGAGUAUUUUUAUCCUAAACCCACGGAUGUUGAGCCUCUAAGAACACUGAUCUAUGACAAAGAUUAUAUGAGGAGAUGAACAGGGCUGCACAGAGAUUGACGAAACAGUCAUUCUGAAUAUUUGACGCUGCAGUUUUACAUCCCAAGAGGCUGCUUUUUUAUUUUAAUUGGGCCAUGGGUUUUGCAGUUGCCUCCUACACCAUUUUCUUGUGCUGUGCAGAAUAUCUGGUUGAAAAAUCAAGUUGCUGAGUAAAUCUUUCAUUUUACUCAAACCUGACAGCUUCAGGAGAUGCUUGUGUUUAAUAUAAGAACCCACAUUUGAUAAACUUGUUCAUGAGAUAUCAAUCCUUCAGUGCAGAGAAAAACAUUUGUUUGCAGAUGUGGAUACUUUAAAAAUGCCAUUUAUUUAAUCCACAUGUUUGAGCAGUUUUGCAAGUGUGUGUAUCACUUCACCUCUUUGAGUGGAUUUCAAUGUUUGGGUUUUGACCUUUUUCUUUCAAUGUUACACAUACAAUUCUGCAAGAUAUGUUUUUUCUCAAGUGUGCUUAAAUUGUUUAUAUGUACAAAAUAACCAAUGAUUGUUGCUUGGUUCAUUUGUAUUUAAUUGAUGCAAAUUUACUGUGGUCAGAUUUUAUUGAAUUGAAAAAUGUGUGGUACACCAUUGGUUGAAUAUUAAUUGUGAGAUCCAUGUGUUUGUGUGAUAAAGAGUGCUCAGUCGGUGGUGAGACACAAGUGACA